AUGGCGAUGAUUUUGAAGGCAUGGAACUGGUAUCAGAAAACUCUGUCAGUUCAUCCAGUGAAGACCCAAGUCACUACCUCUGGUGCUCUUUGGGCUGUUGGAGAUAUCACUGCUCAGUACAUCACUCACACUGCUGCUGCUAAAAAACAAUUAUCUCUAACUGAAGCUGAUACUAAAUUCGUGAUCGAUUGGAGACGUGUGGCUGUUACAAGUAUGUUUGGAGUUGGUUUUGUUGGACCCGUUGGACACUUCUGGUAUGAAGGAUUAGACAAAUUCAUAAACCAUAAGCUUAAGCUAAUGCCAAAGACUGCGCAAUCCGUAGCGACUAAAGUUGCAAUGGACGGCCUGAUUUUCGGUCCGAUACAUCUAUUUGUCUUCUUCACUUACAUGGGAUUAUCAGCCGGGAAGACGAUUCCUGAGGUGAAGGAAGACUUGAAGAGGAAUUAUUUCCCAGCGUUGGUGUUAGAAGGUGGUGUGUGGCCAAUUGUGCAGAUUUUCAAUUUUCGGUAUGUUCCUGUCAAGUACCAGCUUCUGUAUGUAAACUUGUUCUGUUUAUUGGAUAGUGCUUUCUUGUCAUGGUUGGAACAACAGAAGGAUGCACCUUGGAAACAAUGGUUUCAACCAUUUCAUUCUUCUAAUGGAAAAGGAUCUCAAUGA